AUGGUGGCGUCGGGGGGAGGAGCAGGAGGAGGUCCGUCGCGCUGGCCGGCGGCGGAGGAGCUUGACAUUGUACGGAAGAAGGUGGCGGAGAUUAGUGGAAGGGAUGAACAAGAGGUUAGGGUUGCUGCUUGCCCCUACAGAAUUUGCCCUUUGGGGGCUCACAUUGAUCAUCAGGGUGGAGUUGUCACAGCUAUGACCAUAAAUUAUGGGGUACUCCUUGGUUUUGUUCCCUCUAAUGGUUCCGAGGUUUUACUUCAAUCUGGUCAAUUUGAAGGUGUUAUAAGAUUCAGAGUUGAUGACUUGCAAAAGCCUAUUGAUAAACCUGAGAACAUAAACUGGGAAAGUUAUGCAAGAGGUGCUGUUUAUGCACUGCAGAAUAGUGGAUAUGAUCUAAGGAAGGGUAUCAUAGGAUAUAUUUCUGGUGUGAAAGGUCUUGAUAGUUCAGGGCUCAGUUCUUCUGCGGCGGUUGGCAUCGCUUACUUGCUGGCUUUAGAACACGUAAAUGAUCUGGUUAUAUCACCAGUGGAUAACAUUCAGUUAGACAAGUACAUUGAAAAUAAAUACUUGGGUCUCAAAAAUGGCAUUCUAGAUCCAUCUGCCAUUUUGCUUUCACGGUAUGGCUAUCUCACCUUCAUGGACUGCAAGACUGCUUCACCUUCCUACGUCUGCUUCUCGGAGCUGAGUAAAAGCCAACAGCCUCAGGGACAGCUACCAUUCAAGAUUUUAUUGGCAUUUUCAGGACUGCAACAUAAUCUGCCAAAGAAGAGUGGAUAUAAUACGCGGGUUUUUGAGUGCAAAGAGGCUGCCCGUGCUCUUUUGCAUGCUUCAGGCUGUGAAGAUACGCCAAAUAUACUUUGCAAUGUUGAUCCAGCUGUAUAUGAGGCCCAGAAGUGUGUAUUGGAAGAAAAUCUUUCCAGGAGAGCUGAGCACUACUUUUCUGAAAUGAAGCGGGUUACUAAGGGCGGGGAUGCAUGGGCUCGUGGGAACCUACAAGAACUUGGACAGCUGAUCACUGCAUCUGGUCGCAGCUCCAUACUCAACUAUGAAUGUGGGAGCAAAGAGAUGAUCCAGCUGUACGAGAUCCUGCUGAAGGCCCCCGGCGUCCUCGGCGCCCGGUUCAGCGGCGCCGGCUUCAGGGGCUGCUGCCUGGCGAUCGUGGAGAGCCAGCGCGCGGAGGAUGCGGCCGCGUACGUCCGUGCCGAGUACGAAAACGCCCAGCCCGAGCUGGUCUCCAGGAUCCCCGCGGAUCGCCGCGUGCUGGUCUGCGAGCCCGGGGACUCCGCGCGCGUCUUAUUGCCCGAUCCUCACCUGCGCUCCUGA